GCGCACUUUACAAUCGCCUCUUGUUUCCAGGCUCGGCACAGGCAGAACGCUGAACCUCCUCGAACUCUCACAAGAGCCACACGCACCCAGAGGAGCGCUGUAGCCAGAGAAGAGUGACUCGACUUAAACCACACACUCGAGGCGUUUUACGCAGCCAAGAUCAACUUCUUUUUGUCGUUAGUUGUUAGUUGAUAAGAAUUACUUUUAUAUAUAAAUAGUGAAUCAUCAGCCUUCACCGAGUUACAUUGUUGGAAAGAAAGCAAAAUUAUGAGGUCCGGUACUGAUCAGUUCUGGAGGAUGGUCCGGCUGCCGGUGACAUUGGCGCUCUUGUCUGUGUGCUGCGCAUCAGAGUACGACGACAUUCCCUGGAAGCCAGACUCGUUCAACAGCGGCCCGAGCUAUUCCAAGCCUCCACAGUGCGUGGACAUCCCGGACGAUCUACGGCUCUGUCAGAACGUGGGCUACACACGGAUGCUGCUGCCCAACCUGCUGGACCACGAGACCAUGGCCGAGGUGAAGCAGCAGGCCAGUAGCUGGGUGCCUUUGGUGCACAAGAAAUGCCACCCGAGCACGCAGAUCCUGCUUUGCUCCCUGUUUGCGCCCGUGUGCCUAGACCGGCCCAUUUAUCCGUGCCGCUGGAUGUGCGAAGCCGUGCGGGACAGCUGCACGCCCAUCAUGGAGGCGUUCGGCUUCCCCUGGCCGGAGAUGCUCACCUGCAACAAGUUCCCCCAGGGCGACAUGUGCAUCGCAAUGACCAAUACUACGGGCGAGGAGGCCAAAACCACAGGGUCACCUUCCAUCUGCCCUGCAUGUGACAAUGAAAUGCAAACAGACACUAUUCUAGACCACAUGUGUGCCAGCGAGUUUGCUUUCAAGAGCAAGAUCAAGGAGGUGAAGCGAGAAAACACAGACCGUAAGGUCACCCUGCAGAAAAGGAAGAAGAUGCUGAAAACUGGAAGCCUGAAGAAGAAGGACUUGAAGAACCUGGUUUUGUACUUGAAGAAUGGUGCCGACUGCCCCUGCCAUCAGCUGGACAACCCAGGAAAUCAGUAUCUCAUUAUGGGUCGCACAGCUGAAAAACAGUACCUCCUCACAGGCAUCCACAAGUGGGACAAGUCAAGCAAAGAGUUCAAGAAAGCUAUGAAGAAACUCAAGACCUACAAGUGUCCUGUCUAUGACAAUGUCUUUAAAUAAAAUGGCCUCAUUUCAUCCUACACAGACUUGCACAAGCCUUAAAUCCCAAACUUUGCUUCCUAUUUUUCUGUUUAUAUCUAUAUAUCUUUGUAUAUUUACAGAUAUACUUUGGAAUGACACUAGAUUUUAGUUGUAUGUGGUGAAUGAUGACACAAAAAAAUGACAGCUUGGGUUCCUUUGUUUUCAACUUCCUCAGAAAUCCUUCCAUUCUAUUUAUGUAGAUUGACCCUUUCAUCCCAAAGGCUAGUGUAAAGUAUGAAGCUGCUGCCAUAUUUUAUGUUAGCGUGCAGACUAACCUUAGGGGGAAACAACUAGCCUGGUUUUGUCCAAAGGUAAAAAUAAUAAUGUCCUAGAAGUGGCCUGUGUGUAUAUAUGAAAUAAAUUAAAUAUAUAUGUGACAUUUAGUGAGAUUUUAAAUAUGCUUAUAUGUUUUUAGAACUAGAUUUUCAGCCGAUCUCUCAUCUGCUGGUGCUAGCUUUAACGUGAGCAUAGCAAAAUCUUUCUCAUUCCAAACAUUUGUUAAUAAACCGUAAAUAUGGCCUUCAGACUUAGCUGUUGCAGUUGUUGUUGUGCCACACAAUACAGGAAGGUAGCUCUAAAUAGGGUUAAUUUUGAAUACAUGAUGAUAGACAUGUUCCUAUUAAACAAAAAAGUAUACUACCACAAAUUUGAUGAUUGUCUUCUUGUUUUCCUUUAUUUUACUGUUUUUUUAUACUUGAGAAAGAAAUCAUGACUGUCAAUCUGCAUCACAAGUUAAUGUGUGAACCUCAAUUUACUUUAUUUGGUGUCACGUGUUCACUUGAUACUUUGGGUCAUUAUUCUUACACCUCUUGUCUCUGUACAUCCAGUCUAAUUACAGUAAUUAGUAUUCUUUUGUAUUAGAAAAAAAUAUACAUUCAUGUCACAAUUUCUGUGUUCUGGUUGCUUUGUUCAAAUGUUGUGGAUCCGUUUAGCACUAUUUUGUUUCAGAUCUGAAUGUGAGUGCUGCAUUGCUGCCAAUUACAUGUACAUAAAAUUUUUCAUAAAAUUGUUGUCUUUA